AUGUUCAAGCGACUAUUCGGAGAGAACGGCGCAAAGAAUGUCGUAACCCUCUUCCACAAGCCCUCUAGCCAGGCUUCCACACGCGUCCUCACCCUCCUCAAGCAAACGCACGCCCAAUCUGUCGCCCAUGCCACUGAAGACCAGGCAUCCUCGCACAAUGCGCAGGACAAGGCUGAGAGGACUGACUUCGAGCUCGAUGUGACUGAAGCCCCGCCGACCAGCGACCAGCUUAAGAAUAUCCUGGAGUAUUUGGGAGGCUCGAGUGCGGCUGGGAAGGUGAUUAGCGGGGCAAGCGAUGAGAGUGAUGCGUUGAGGAGGCUGAAGGCAGACGGCGGGGCGUUUCAGAGGCCGUUGGUCGUGGACUGGAAUCAAGGCAAGGCAGUUACUGGGGAGAAUGAGUCUGAGAUCCUGAGCCUCUUGCGCUCUGCUCCGAAGGAGACUAAGGCAUAG